AGAGUCGCUUUUAGGAAUUUGUCUAGUAGCUAGCAUGGUGCGAAUGUUGGAAGCAUGGAAGCAAAGCAAAGGCCGAGAAUGGCGGCAACCCAUUACUCGAGACCAUAAAUCUCACAUCAACCCCACAAAUACUCAACCGGGGCUGAGAGAGAGAUUUGUAUUAAAAGAGAAGAGCGAUAGGCAGAAGAUAUGGGUCAUGUGGUGGCCUAUUUAGAAAUUAGGGAAAUUUAAAUUGUAGCAGAAAACAGAAGAAGGUGGGUCUAGGACUCUAACGCGGUUUUCUAUUUCUGGAAAGUGGUUUUUAAUUGUGAUGACUAUGGAUAGCUUGAACGUUUUAGACAAGGAAGCAAAAGAUUUUUCCAAGUUGGGUGUGGAGCUGCAGAGCGUUGACUCGUCUACUAACAAGGCGAUUAUGGCUCAAUAUCAUGAUAAUGAUGGAAAUCAGCACCGUCCAUUUCCAUCAUCUGAGAGUUGGGUUGGCGAUGGUGAUGGUCCCACAGGUAACGACAGGCCUAUAACUUAUGAUGCAUACCAUGUUGUUGCUGGUUGUUCUGGUGCUGCUGCUGUUACAACAAGUUCUGGUACAAUUGUAAGAGCUGUGCAGCCUUUUGACAUUUCUCCCCCCACACCUCUUCAGACCGCCUCCAAGUCCCCAGGGAGGAUGGCAACGACAACAACAUCUUUGGGUUUGGGGUUUCCUUUUACAAAUGCACAGUGGAAAGAGCUGGAGAGACAAGCUAUGAUAUACAAGUACAUGAUGAAUGCUGUUCCUGUUCCUCCUGAGCUCCUCAUUCCCAUUAGCAGGACUUCCUCAGACCCGGCUGCUUCCCACGCUCCCUUGGGUAGUAGUGGUUUGAAGCUGAGGCUGUCAAGUGGUACAGAUCCAGAGCCAGGGAGGUGCAAGAGAACAGAUGGGAAGAAAUGGAGAUGCUCCAGAGAUGUGGCGCCUGACCACAAGUACUGUGAGCGCCACUUGCACAGAGGCCGUCCCCGUUCAAGAAAGCCUGUGGAAGUUCAUGCCAACAACGACAACAUCAAGAGGUCCCGCCGUGAAGAUUAUCAGGCUCUUCCUACUCCCUCUGUUUCUGCGGCUAUUCCUAACCCCACAAUCAACACUAGUGGUUUUUCAUCUCAGUUUCUUGGACCUACUACUUGCCAGCCAUACCACCAACCCACUGUGGUCUCCGUUGCAUCCCACAAGGAACCAAGGAGCUUGGACUGGAUGUUGAAAGGAGAACCUGUUCCCAUGGAUACAACUGUCCAACAAUGGUACAAUCUGAUGCAAACUAAAAUGGAAUUCACCUAUGGGCCCUCGUUCUGUAACGCCGAUGCCUCUGCUUUCAAACAAAAUUACUCAGAGGAUCCCCUGAAUAUGAAUUCAUAUGCAUAUUUCAGCACCUGUGAAGAUCCACGGAACAAAGACUGUUGUUUGUUCGUCAACCCAGAUGUGGUUUCUAAUCAAGAGCAUAACACAGGAACCACAAGGGGUUUUAUUGAUGCAUGGUCUAAUGCAGUAACAGAGGAAAACAUAGCCAACUCUAGCGCCAUGUGCUCUGUCUCAUCGGACCGGCUCUCACCCUCUUCACUAACUCUAUCAAUGGGUGGCAGUAACUCCAUUGAUGAAGAAAUGGGUCAAAUCCACAUGGGCUUAGGCCAAUUUGGAAGGGAUCAAAACAAUGAAAGUGGUAGCAAGUCCCAUCUCUCAAGCUGGCUCACCCCUGCUUCUUCAGUUGCUCCUGCACCAGGUGGGCCAUUAGCCGAGGUGUUGAGACCAAGCACGGUUGCUACCGCCACCGGGGCAGCAUCGGAGCCGUCAACUCCAAUCACUGGGAAAGGUGAUUCAAGCAGUUCUCCGGCAAUCAUGGUCUCAUCACCCUCUGGGGUUCUUCAGAAAACAUUUGCUUCAUUCUCUGAUAGUAGUGGUAAUAGCAGCCCCAACCUUGGGAGUUCAAGGGCCAAUCCUGAGAUCGCUUUGCCAUGGUUGAAUUAGGGCAAAUUGGUCCGUUAUCUUUUUGAAUCAACAUGAUGAAUUAUAGUUAUGGUUCUCUUAGUUUGGUAGGUCUUUGAUGGGCUCCAUGGUUAUUUCAUUUUGAUCUUAGUUUGGAUAAUCAGUUGUGUAUCUGGAAUAGCUUUUUGGGACAUACAAAGCUUUUUUACAAGGUCAAAUGAGAAUCUGUUUGGAGCUGUGGUUUGUGUUGACCAUUGAUUGAUAGAGGCAUGUAUAUGAUUAACAUAGCCUUUUGUUGAUGUCUUCUUUUUUUUUCUUUUUUGUUUUUGGUCCGACCUUCCUUCCUUCCAAGUACAUAUGGUCACAUGAAAUUGAUGAUGUCAAUCCCUAGUACCUUUUGACACCAUAGGAGCAGGACAAGAAUCAUG